UUUUUCAUCGUUCGCUGUCAAAAGUGCAAUUUUUGGCCUGCUGAUAAAUUGCCAAUUUUCUCAUUGAAUUUGGUCAAUUCGGUUCGCGAGUGGUAUCUAAUCGUAAUCAGCGUUGGUGCAAUCGUCGGAUACGACCGCGGGUGGGUGGAAACUUGUGCGAUUCGGGUGUGAAAUUGGAAUUAUAAAUCCAGUUAACUCAUCAAGAGAAAGGAGGAAGAAAAAAGUUCAGCCAGCUUUCGCAUAGGCAUAUUGGUCAGCCAGCUAAAGGGGCGGUGUACGCUGCUGAUGGCGCGUGUGCUUGGGUAUUGGUGAGCGUAGAUUGAUUCGAGAGUACAAGUGUAGUGGUGCAUCCUGUGACAGCACACAGUGAAAACGACGGGCGCACGAUUUGCGGUAGUAUGUGUGAUUGUUUUUAAAACACCGCUCUUGUUUUCAUCCUAUCAUCGCAAGUUGGAUACGCCGAUUGAUAUUUGGAGCCGGAGCUGAAAUUUAGAGAUCAAACAACAUGAUUCAGACUCAACUCUUUCGCUGUUCUGUAAUAUGACGUGGUAUGAUGAGCUUCAUCACCUUCCUAAACGCUUCGGGGACGUAUAAUCGAUAGGUCCUAACUAGACCAUCUUUGGUCUAUAGAGUUAGAGAAAGACUUCAAAAGAUCAUAGAUGAAAUAAAUUCACGUCACAAUCCACUCAGCCGAUAAGUGAUAAUAUCUCGAAGGACAUUUAGUUCAUCACGAUAGGACGCAUUUCUGCGGACCCACAUACACACUUACAUAUAGACUUCUUUGCCGUAAACACGUCUUCGAAUCACAGGGAACACAUCUGCUGCUCCUGAGCCGGUCUCACAGUUUAGUCAUUAGAUUGUAAGUUAUUAGCCUAACAGUUGUGAUAGGUUAUUCCGCUUCAAGCAGCUGAUUACAAAAGCGAAUAAAAAGGUGCGACUUUUUAUUCUCAAUCUUCGAUGGCAGGAAAUAUUAAACAAGAAGACGUAUGCUACGUCGUAGCCAAGUACGAUUAUGCCGCUCAAGGUGCUCAAGAAUUAGAUCUUAGGAAAAAUGAACGCUAUUUGCUGCUGGACGACAGCAAACAUUGGUGGCGUGUACAGAAUUCUCACAAUCAAUCCGGUUACGUUCCGAGUAACUAUGUCAAGAAGGAAAAGAAAUCAGUUUCUCUGUUCGAUAGCUUCAAGAAAAAAGUCAAGAAAGGAUCUUCAGGCAGUAAAACUUUGCCCAACUGUUCUCCCUCUCGACAAGUCGAUAGUCCUACGAUGGGUCGAAGGUUGCCACCGGAUCCGUCGGAGGCAGUCAAUACUACACCAAUAGGAACUGCCAUAGUGAAAUAUAAUUACCAAGCACAGCAACAAGACGAACUUUCGCUCAUAAAGGGUACGCGAAUACUGAUUCUCGAAAAGUCAAACGAUGGUUGGUGGCGAGGCCAGAGUGGUUCGGCGACGGGUUGGUUCCCGAGCAAUUACACUACUGAAGAGCAGGAAGAUGAUACUGUGCAUACGUACGCCAUGGCAGAAAACGUACUGGACAUUGUAGUAGCGCUGUAUUCAUUCAACUCCAACAAUGAUACCGAACUGUCAUUCGAAAAGGGAGACCGAUUAGAAAUCUUGGAUCGACCUGUAACUGAUCCGGAAUGGUAUAAAGCUAGAAAUACCAACGGCCAGCUCGGUCUAGUACCGCGAAACUACUUGCAAGAACUGUCGGAAUACCUAGCGCAACCAUAUCGAGGAAACAAUGGAAGCGGGCCGGAUUCGCUUGAUAGACGACCAAACGAUCAGCAAUCGAACAAUAACAAUUCCAAUUCCGCCAAUAGUAAUAACAACAACUCGCAGCAGCUUGAUAGGCCACCGCUGACCGGCAAAAGUUGGUAUUACGGUGCGAUCACCAGAAAUCAGUGUGAUACGGUUCUGAAUACCCACGGGCACGAUGGCGACUAUCUGAUCCGGGACAGUGAAACGAAUAUGGGUGACUAUUCCGUUUCCCUUAAAGCUCCUGGACGCAACAAGCACUUCCGCGUGCACGUCGAGGGCAACAUGUACUGCAUCGGGCAGCGAAAGUUCCACACACUAGAUCAGCUAGUGGAUCACUACCAAAGAGCACCCAUCUACACCAAUAAGCAGGGCGAAAAGCUCUAUUUGGUGCGGCCUCUUCCGAAGGCGAAUGGCACCUAAGAGGAACUCCCUCAACAUCGCAGCGAAAAGUGGAACCGAAUUGUUCUGUGAAUGGUGUGUAUGGUAAGCGCAAGUUUUUUAUUAUUUAUACUCUGGAAUGCAAAGGGAAACAAAUCUAUACACUCAUGCCCACAAGACAGAGAAAACGAAUCGAAUUAAGUCAUAACAAAAAAUACAUUGGUAAAUCUGAGAAAUGAUAUUUCACAAUGGGAAGCCAUUUUGCUGAUAAUUAUUAACAUAUUUAUUUAUAUGAGUAUUUCCAAAACAAAAUAAAACCAUACAUGAUUGGUUUUCAAAGCAUCAGAAUAUCGUAGCUCCACAAUCAAUUUAUCCGUGAAACGUACUCGAAAUAACUGAAAGCUUAACUCUGACCGGUACUGUUUGGUUAGAAAAUUCAAAUACAAACUACCUAUAUUUUUGGGGGCAUUUAUGAUUCCUAAAAUGACGUGAAACGCAAAACAUAUACAUUUCCUCAGAUGCAUUGUAAAAUAAUAAUCCCUAUCAACGUAUGCAACCAAAAUUCCAACAAUUGAGUCGGAAAAUAUCGUAUUCAACAAUAUGCUCCAUACAGAUGCCACACAUAAACAUAUAACUAAACUAGCAAACAAAUAUUAAAAAACAUGGUGCAGCUUCCAAAUAUAGAAUAAGUUUUUGGAUAGAUCUUGUAAAUCGAAUAACCGCUGGUUUUUGUUUGAGGCAUUAUUUGCAUUUUGGUUGGCUUGUUAGUGACGUUAGUAACACAAUCUCGUAAGGCCAUUUUUUUUUAAACUCUGCGUCUUUUAAUAUCGUGAAUUAGCAGAAAAAUUAAGAAGCGAUUAUUCCGAUUUAACUAUUUGAACUUUGAUUUCAUAUCAAAAUUCUGACUCUAAAUUGUAUGAACCUAUUCAAAAAUAAAUUUUGAAGUUUAAUAGCUAAUCCUGAAUUUAUAAAAACUUUUAAACAUAGCAUUAUUCAUGACUGAUGCUGUGAUAGAGGGUAACGGACUCCAAAGUUUAAAUUACAUACAUUUUUUUUACAACACAUUGUUUGAAAUUUUAAAGUUACAUUUUUCAUUCCGCCAUAAUGCAUAUUCUCUAGAGUCAUUAUAAAGUUUUUGAUCCUUCAUCAAAUUUAAGACAAAAUUAAUCAUAGGGCUCCAUUAGACUUUGAAGAGCAAACAUGGUUUCAAUUGAAGUACCUAUUUGUCAAUGUUCAGGUGUUUUUCCACCAGAAAAAAAAAUAAAAUGCCCACUAAUUGUUGUUAACUUAAUAACCAAGAAAUUUAUUUUGCCAUGUUUGAAAUUUCAUCAAAAUCAUUUCGUUCUUGGUCUGAAGUUUUUCUCAAUAUUUCGGUAGGUUGAAUACUAACAACGUUCAUUUAAAAGUUUUUAUUUCGUGACAUUGAGUUAUUUGCUCUAAACUUUGACUACGUGUUUCCUCAAACAAAAAACAGCUUCAAAAAAUCAACAACAAAAAAUCAAAUAAUCCGGCCAACGCAUUACUGAAACACAUCUUUUCUACACAACAAGUCAUAUUCGAUGGAAGGGAGUCAACUCGUGCCGCAAACAUUGAUAGAUUUGUUUGGUAAACUUUAGGCACACGAAUUUUGAUUGUUCGUUUCUGUGCUUAUGAGGAAAGUUAGUGAAGAAAAUUUAUUAUAGAAAAAAACCAAUCUGAAAAUGAAUCUGUAGCAAAAGUAAACUAAAAACCUUUGCCAAAAAAGUGUUUUUGACGUAGCGUGACAAACGGAAGACAGUUUAUUGGUUGAACCUGAAUAAACCUAACACUUCUAUUGUUUUCAAACUGUUGUCAUGUUGACGAUAUUCGAAUGAUUUUAUGCAGUUUUAUUUGUUAAUAAAUUUUACGCCAUUUUUAAUACUCGUAUGCCGACAGUUUUAAGAGAAACCCAAUACAGAACAAAAUCUAGUCUUGUCGAAUGAAAUAAUUUGAUUUUUCUAAAUGUAUCACUAUGGUAACUACCUAAUCUUUAGGGUAUUUUUUUUUUCUUUUGCCGUCAUAGAGUUAUGUCAUUGGAUUUGAUGAAUCAUACUUGCAAAAUUGAUGCUAUCAAGAGAGAUCGAAAAUAAAUUAUAAAAAAAAUCGGGCAUUGUUCAAGCAUAUAAAAUACAGGAACGAACCUAAACAUCUAGAGAGAUGUUUCUGUUUCAGCGAAUGCCUUCUUUUGUACGACGGGCGGGCGCGGGCACAAAAUUGAACGACACAAUAUGAAUCAAAUUCGAAACUUAUCAGAGUAACAUUUUGGAUCACUAAAUAAUAGCAGCUGCCUAACAGCUGGUAAAUCUGAGAUACAGCGGGGGGCUUAAACAUAUAGCAGUUAAUAUUUGUAAACAUUCAACAAAUCAUCUGCAUCGUCAUGAAUCAAAGAAUCCGAAUCUGGUAAUCAACGAACCAAGCCAAUUAUUGUCCUAUAGAAAAUUUACCGAAAUUUUUAGAGUAUAGUCGAUAAAUGGUUAUGUUGGUGGAUUAAGAGAAUCAUUCGCGUUGCUUUUGUAAUACAUAAUUUGUAUGUCAUUUAUACUAUCAACUAUUGGAUAAAAUAUUUGAAUGGACUAAAAUGUGAACAUUUUUUGCAAAUUAUUAUUUUACGCAUGUACAUCACAUGACAUUAGAAUUUUGGCCAACCAAUUCAAAUUAUGUAAUGGUCGUAAAAAUGUCAAGACGUGUCAAGUCAUAAGUAAUAUUCCUUUUCAAUUUUUUUGUUUUUUUAUUGGUCGACAUCCUUGAGAUUUUUUUUUUAAAUUUGUAGAAUAAAGCUUCUCUCUUAAUUCAACGUUCACUAUAAUUUUUUUGUUCGUUCAAUCAGUAAAACGUUCACUUGAAGGCAAUUCUAUAACAUCGGCCCUUAUUCUGCGCCGCGCGUGACGUGACGCUUGUCACCUCACCUCGGAGUCACCGUGAGUUUUGUCACCUUAUUCCCGUAGUCGAUGUGGGUGAAGUGACAGAGAUGAGUGACUGAAUGAACACAAUGGUAGAAUUUGUUCUGUAUUGAUUUGUUUUCGUUCGCGCUUCGAGUUUUCCAAACUGAUUUUUAAAGCGAUUAGAGAUAAUUCCGGUUCGCAAAAGGCCACCAACGAGUCAUAAGGUGACAGCAAGCAACUUAAGAGAAAAAACGGGCAUUUUUGUUCGUCCUAAGUGGAGAAAGCUGAAACCGGAAACUCCAACAAGAAGGAAAAAAUAACAAUCGACAGCUGCUGCUGCAACCAACAGGUGUCCAACAGGCGGAUUCAAUGGUGCUGCCGAUCUAGGUGCUUUCCCUGAGGUUAUCACCGUGACAUGCCGGAAAUCAUAAGCCCACAGCCCAGUCGCCAAUAGAUCAUAGGGAUUAUGGAAUGCCGAGCACUGGUAUCGAAGUCAACAAGGCUGCAGCAGCACCAGAGGGCAGCAUUGGUUGGCAGUUUGUAGUGGAUGCGAAAAUUUGAUUAAGUUUCUACCUCGUCAUUACCGGAAACCAUACCGGCAAUUCUCCCUUUUUAACCAUAAAUUUUUUUGUUGAUUGUCAGAUCCGAUUGCCGUUUCAAUUCAGCAAUUCAAGUUAAUUCUGAACCCACAAUUCGGUUUUAAAUUGAAUUUAUAACUGAUUCUUUGCAACCUACAAUUUUGAUUGAAUUUCUAACAACUCCGCUUUACAGUUGUUCGGGGGAAUCGUUCACCCAAUCACGUACCGGUUCGGACACUUGUCGGGGAAUUCGCGGAUCGUUAUAUUUAAACACUUUACUUUCGACUCAACUCCAACACGUUUAUAAAAAGAAAUUUUCGUCGUUUAAAAUUUGAUAGAUAAUUGAAAGCUAUAAAACAUGCUGGAUAUAUUUUUUGAUUGAUUUCUAACAACUAACAACUCCGGUUUACUGUAAUUUUCGUAAUUUUUCAUUUCAUUUCCAUCUCGUCGUCACCUGAAAACGUACCGACAAUUGUCACCUAAAAUCGUCACCCGAAUGCGACGAUUCUCACCCACGGUGACUACGAGAAUAGGGUAAGAACUCACUAAGUUCAUCCGAAGUGACAAUCCUCACCUAAACCGACUGCUGGAAUAGAGUGACUUGGGUGACUCUACUAUCGUCACGUCACUCGAGGCGCAGAAUAAGGGCCAUCAUCUCACCAGAUGAUCUUUGUUGAGCUACAACUGAUCAAAUAUGUUGUUCCAUUUUUAAUUUGUACCUGUGCUUAUAACGUUUCAACAUCAAUUUUCAAAACGAAAAAUGUGAGCAUAUACAAGAUCCGCAGGUGUGACGGACGACGUUAUUUUGUAACAAUUUCUCCCAUGAGUCGUAUUUUUGGUUUCGUGUAACAUAUUAUUGUAUUAGUGUAGCUAUAAUCAAAUCAUUGCACAGUGAACUACCCAAAACAUCGUCACAUAACUACACUGUAUAGUAACUGAAACUUAGUAAAACAAAUAAAAAAAAUACAUCAACUUAUACCAAAUCGUAAAUUAGCAUGUAAAAGUCGGAAACGAAGUAAAAAAAAACAUCAGAAAAUGUGAGACUAUAUACAUUCACGUAAAGCAUUCAAGUAAAAAACUAGUAAAACACACGUGUAAACUUGGAAACAGUAUCAAGCAGCUCCACUCAGUGGAUGUGUAGCGAAGCAAAUGACUCCGCAAGGAAAACAAGAAGUGAAACGCGUCAUUAUCAAACGGUGCAGGGACCGAAGACCGAAAUGGGAUGCUCUUAUUCCUGCAGUUACUGGUUGACAAAACCUGUUUUAGGAUUUUCGUUUUCUUCAGAAAUAAAUGCAUCUCAUAUAAGCUUCACGGCUUUACGAUAGUAGUAAUUGUUAAGGAACCUGUACCGAGGACAUAAGAACACACACAUAAAACAGCGAGAAACACUAGAAGCAUGUAAGCGUCAAAAAAUAAAACUUUAUGAUCGAUAUUCGGUUGUACAUUUAAUGUGAGAGAACAGAAGAAACAGUAACACGAAAUGUUGACAGAGGUCUGAGUCAUACUUGAUUUGACAAUGUAAGUGUAAGUUUUGUAGAUGAAGGCAUGAAGCGUAGUAGGAGGGGUUAAACAAUACCUUUUUUGUUAUAACAGAAUUAAUGAACUAAAAACACCGAAAGCCCAUAUUAAGGAGCGAGAAUACUAAGACAGAGCGAGCGAGAGAGCUUCUAAUCGAGUAAUAAUUUAAAAGAAAAUCAUUAGAUCUAUGACUAUGACGGAUAAAGCGAUUUGUGAAUUAAACAAGAAAAAAACACAAUAUUAAAAGAAUAGCUUUUACGCGUUUUAUUGGAUUUUAAA